AUGAAAAUUCCUCCAGAAGAGAUGAGAGACAUGGAACAGAAGUUUAUCAAGGAGUUUCAAGAGUAUGUAGAACCUGAAGAAGGCUACCAGGGGUCACCGCAGCGACGAGGCCCUUCGUCUGGCCAAGAGGAUGAACACGUUUCUUUGCCGCUUGGAGAAAACGUGCUGACUCACAACCUGGGGAUUCCUGUGCUGGUGGUUUGUACAAAAUGCGACGCGGUGAGUGUAUUAGAGAAGGAGCACGAUUACAGAGAAGAACACUUCGACUUCAUUCAGUCACACAUCCGUAGAUUCUGCUUACAGUAUGGGGCUGCCUUGAUUUAUACAUCGGUUAAGGAGGAAAAGAACCUUGAUCUGUUGUAUAAGUACAUUGUACAUAAAACAUAUGGUUUCCAGUUUACCACACCUGCCUUAGUGGUAGAGAAGGAUGCAGUUUUUAUACCUGCUGGUUGGGACAACGAAAAGAAAAUCGCCAUCUUACAUGAAAACUUCACGACAGUGAAACCAGAAGAUGCGUACGAGGACUUCAUUGUAAAACCUCCUGUAAGAAAGCUAGUCCAUGACAAAGAGCUGGCAGCAGAAGAUGAACAAGUAUUUCUUAUGAAGCAGCAGUCAUUCCUUGCCAAACAGCCAGCAACGCCGACAAGAGCAUCAGAAUCUCCUGCAAGAGGCCCUGCAGGAUCCCCAAGGACUCAAGGCAGAGCUGGUCCCGCCAACGUACCCAGUGCCUCACCAAUAACAUCAGUUAAGAAACCAGAUCCAAAUAUUAAAAAUAAUGCUGCAAGCGAAGGUGUCUUGGCCAGUUUCUUUAACAGUCUCCUGAGCAAAAAGACUGGUUCUCCCGGGAGUCCUGGUGCUGGAGGAGUGCAGAGCACAGCCAAGAAAUCAGGACAAAAAACAGUUUUGACGAACGUUCAGGAGGAGUUGGACAGGAUGACCCGCAAGCCAGACUCUAUGGUAUCAACAACCUCUCCAACAGAGAACGAAGCUUGAUAGCGCAUAAAAACCCGCAUAUGUAAAUGACCAAAUAACUAUGUAUAUUGAUCUGAUAAGACCAGGAAUUUUCUGCUAUGGCAGAUGCUAUCAGUUUUCUUGGGGCAGGGGAAAUGAGCUUUACUACAUCAUUGCCUUGUCCCAGUAAAAAGUGCACAUUCAGGAAGUUUGCAUAUAAAAUCCCUCUGUAUCCGAUAACCAUUUAGAGUUUAUAUAGGGCAAUUCUUUGGGGUUGGGAGGUGCAGCUGCGUUUCCUGUCGCCGAGAGCACAGAGAAGCAAAAUGGGAGAAUUGUUAUUAAAAUACUACUACUGACUGCACACGAGGGGGGAGAGAGAGAAGUGAAAUCCUCUUGCAGAGUGACUGGAAUUGGCUACUUGUAGGUUUGCAAACGCGUUGUGUCCUUGGAGGGGGUGGUGGUGGUGGUGAAGCGGAGCAUUAAUGGGGUGAAAGAGGCCCAGGUGGGGAAUGGAGCCCUCAAAGGGGAAAGGGAUUUGGGGCAGGGAGAAACUAGAAUGUGGGGUUGGCUGGAGAGGAGCGAUGUCGUUACACCCUGUGGCUCACACGGGGAGGGGAAUAAUCACUGUUUUAAAAAGACUACUUUACGUUGGAGAAUUCCAGGCCAAACACUAAGCAUCAUGGGAAUUUAUUCUUGUUAUAAUAUAAAUCUUGUUUUAGUUUUUAAAAGCAGUCGAAGAGCGUGGGUGCCCUUUCUGGUGUAGCUGACAAAGGGAGAAACUAUAACUUGUUUAGAUCCAAGUGCCUGGCACAGUGUGUGACGUGUCUUUAGAAGGUGCUUGAACUUAUUGUGCACUGUAGUACAAACAGUCACUGUUUGGUUUUAUUUUAAAAUCAGUAGUUUGGCGAUUUGUAUUUAAUUUUAAAUCCUGUUUUCUGAUAGCUUCUGCCUUUUUUUUUUUUUUUUUAAUGCCAAGAGGCUAGCCUAUGAAGAAUGGUGGGUGACGUAUCCUUUUCCCAGAAUGAAAUGUGCUACAGAACACACUCAGUAUUUUUUUUUCUUACUUUUUUGUAACUAUUAGCUACCAAGCUAAAAGCAAUCCUGCCUUACACCUGUGGAGGUUUUUAAAAAAAAAAAAAACCACAAACUUUCAAGGCCCUAGUUCCAACCACAACUGCUGCAGGUGCAGCCAACUCCAAUUCUGACCUACAGAGUGUGAAUGUGCACGUGGUGAACACCAGGACUUGGUCUUGUUUCCGUUUCAUGUAGCAUUUCAUUUGGAAAGAAGGGUUGUGGUUGUCCCCGUCGCUCUAACGGAGCUCUGGCCGUGGUCACGUCAAACCAUCCUUCUGGAAAACAAAAACAAAACUCAACUGCUCUGGUGACUGAAAUGGCACUUUGAUUUUAUACACGGUAUUGCUUGUUUUACAUGUACACACUACCAGAAAUGAAAAAAAAUACCAAGCAUAUUCUGUGCUCUUAACGCUGAAGGGAAAAAAACCACAAUUUGAAUUAUGCAGAGUUUACUUUUUAUUGCUAUGAACUUGUUGUACUAAAUCUGAUGUCUGGAUAUAGCUGCCCUAAUAUAUAUUGUUACUUAAAUAUACAGGAUUAGAUUGACCACUAACACAGUACUGGAUGUUAACUCCAAAUCCUCUGUUACAUCAAGGGGCUGUUCUUGUAAGUCUGUCUAAACGUUAUCUAGAAAGCUAAGAGUAUUUACUUGCCUCUUUGACAAACAUUAACAUGAGUAUGUUAUUUGUGCCAGUUUUUUUUUUGUCGAAAAUAUUAUAUUUUUUCCGUUUUUUACUUUUUUUAAAAAAAAUAAACGGUAUGACCUGAAGUUACACAGUUGUUUAGCUCCCAGUUGGACUAGGACUGUGGAUGGGUGCCGUGGAUGUACCUCCUGGUGUCACGGGUGCCAGUGGGAAGUUACCACACCAGAAGUAGUGACACACUGUCCUCCUGACACCCAGAACGGAGAUCGGAGCCUGAAACAGCAAAAGCUCCACAGGAAAAUUGAAAAAGUGUCUGGUUUGAAAACCUCAGUCUUGAAACUGCAUUUUUAUUGUCAUCUAACCUGAUAAGCACUUUCUCUAGCAAUACGGCUAAAACUUAAAACUGAAGUACUUCCCAGUUCAAUAAAACUGUUAAAAUCUCCUACAAUUGAUCGAACUGCUGCCUCGUGGUAGCUUGGCAGCUUUGCAGAGAGAUGCUUCUGACAAAAGAGGAAGAGAUUGCGGUUUGUAAGCGCAAGUGAAUGCUCCUAGUUUGUGGGGAGGGGGGUGAAGUGAUGUAGCAUCCCGUGGUUGCCGAAGUCCCUGCACUUUGGUGAGCUGCACAGUUGUUAUUCUGGUGUCUUCAAGCAUUGGAACCAAAGGCCAAAUUGCAAACAGCCUUUACCUUUUUUUUUUUUUUUCAAGUGAAACUUCAUUUUCUUUGCGGAUACACUUGUAUGGUAGACUGUUUAAACUAUUAUAUGACUAUAUUUAUAUGCAUUAUAGUGACUGCAUCUGCUGUUCAUGUUUAAACUAAGAAAACAAAAGAUGAAAUGUUCGACUUGAAGCAAAUAGACAAGUUUAAAGAUUGGCCCUCCAUAAAAAUGCUGUGGUUAUGCUGCUUGAUUUUAAGUUUGCACUUUUUUUUUUAUUGGCAUUUUAAAAAAAAAACCUGUUUAAACUGAACAGAAUUUCAUAUUUUAUUUAAUUUAACUACAUUGAAAGUGACUGCUCUGUACAUCAUGAACUUAACAAUAUACAUGCUGUAAAUGAAAGUUCACUGUCCUGUAUACUAAGUUUAUUGGGUUUUUAUUUUUUUUUCCAACUUACAAUUAGGACUGCAAAUGUAUGAAACCAACCUUAGUCCAGUUGUAUGGCUUUAAGCAGGUGCAGUAUGCAGUCAUGUGGAACCUUGCUUUCUAGUGCUGGCAAAACGAGGACGUCUUUAAUUACUGGCUUCAAUAAACACGAAUCCAGACUGCUCCA